AACCACAUGUGCAGAUUCAUUCACACUCAGCAGUGAUCAUGUAGCCUGCAGUAUAUACUUUAAUCAAAGUAGAUACUCGUCAGUAUUGACUUCUUUAUCUUUCGGUUUCAAGAAAGAGGAGAGACUGUGUCUCGUUAUAUUCUUAUGCAUUAACUCAUCUUGAGUCAUUUAGAGUCUUAUCUGUAGCCUAUUUAAUUGUCUUUUUGUUUUCUUUUAUUGUUAUUAUUAUUAUUUUUUUAAAUAUCUACUUCAAUUGCUGGACAAGAAGAAAUGGAUAUAAAGUCUCGUGUAGCCGGAGGUCGAAGGGUUUUGUGCUUGUUUGAUGUGGACGGAACGCUCACACCCCCUAGAGAGAAGAUUGACCCAGAGCUGGACGAAUUUUUCCAGGCCUUGAAACAGAAGGUGAAGAUUGGCGUGGUGGGGGGUUCGGAUUAUUCCAAAAUUGCAGAACAGCUCGGAGAUGGAGAUGAAGUCAUUCACAAGUUUGAUUACGUCUUCGCCGAAAAUGGAACAGUGCAAUACAAAGACGGCAAACUCAUCUCCAAACAGGCCAUUCAGAAUCAUCUGGGUGAGGAGUUACUGCAGGACCUCAUCAACUUCUGCCUCAGCUAUAUGGGGCUCCUCAAACUGCCCAAGAAACGAGGGACGUUCAUUGAGUUUCGUAACGGCAUGAUCAACAUCUCACCCAUCGGACGCAGCUGCACGCUAGAAGAGCGAAUCGAGUUCUCUGAAAUCGACAAGAGAGAGAAGAUACGUGAGAAGUUUGUGGCGGCUCUGCAGCAAGAGUUUGCAGGAAAAGGCCUGCGGUUUACCAGAGGGGGUUUGAUCAGUUUUGACGUGUUCCCGGAAGGCUGGGACAAACGCCUCUGUCUGGAUGUCCUGGAGCAAGAAGGAUUGGACGCCAUCUACUUUUUCGGCAAUGAAACCUCAUUGGGAGGAAACGACUACGAGAUCUUCGAGGACCCUCGUACCAUUGGCUUCACCGUCUGCUCUCCUGAAGACACGGUGCGGCUCUGCAGAGAGAUGUUCUUCAGCGCUCCACCCAAUGAGGCGUGACGGCAGCCGCACACGCACAACAGACUGCCUGAGUGCGGUUCUCCUGCGCCCUCUGCUGGUCACUGUGGGCACUGCAGGCCGUCAGAUUCAGACAAAACCAAACCAAACCCACUGCUGGCCAUCAGACUAAAGGGACUGUAUGUAAAUAUCACUGAUGGACCACUCUCAGUGCGUGUUUAUAGUUUUGUAAUGUUCAAACAUUAAUUUUAAGUCUAAAGUUUUACAACUUUUCACAAUUAAAAGUGUUUUACGGUGGACACGUUCACACUGCAAAGUUUCCGGAGUGACAGAUGCAUUAAAAUACAGUGAAUCCUCUGGAUGAUGGACAGAACGUAGGCGUCACUCCAGAAAUUAUGAUGAUUGACAUGCAACAUCUCACAGCUGUAAACCACAUGGACGACAAAACCCCUCUGGAAGACCUGUUUUUAACCAAUUAGCGAUCAGUAUUAAUAAACCUUAUUUAUUAGUAAACCUUCUUCGGUAGAGGCGCACAUUCUGUUUUUAACUUGCUCCGUCACAUAAUAGUCCUUUCUAUUUAAAUGGAUUGAAGCUAAUAGAGAAAAAGGAUUAUUAAGUUGGCCUGAGAAAGCCAACUUACAGAAAUGCUACUUAAACUUAUAGAUAUUAUUAUUCUUCUGUGACUAAAACUUCUGACUCUAACUCCUCCUAGAGUUUUAACUCUACAACCACCAAUCUCAGACUAGACCUUGUGCGCUAUAUCUUAAGUGAUAAGUGAUCCAACUUAAGGUUUUCCUAAAAAUGACAAUUAAAACUCGGAAAAAUCCCAUAGACUUACUUCUUCUGAUAUACUGUAUAUUGCCUUCAAAACCAUCCAACUUUAAGCUUUAAAACUUUCUGGUCAGGCUUUCUCAAGCCAACUUCAAAGUUUGUCUUGACAAACUUUUUUUAUCUAGUUGUAUUUACAAUUUAAUGUGAAGUACAUAAAACUUUUUUUUUUUUUUUGAUAAUAUGCAUACUUUCACUCCUAACAUCUUCAAAUCUACUCUUUCUUGUCUCAUUACAUUAACAAAUAAGCAGUACAAGAAUAAUAUAAACACUGGAAAAAAAUAUUUUUCGAAGUUGUAUAUAAAAAGAUUAUUGGACUUUACAAGAAAAUACUUUCUACUUCAAAAUGUCAUGUUUAAUUCUAUGCAUUACUUGCCUUUUCUUUGUAAUUAUUUGUUAAAUUUACUAGCAAGAAUUAAAUUUAUUUCUUGAACCUUUUUUUUGUGAAUGAUAUAAUUUUAUUUCAAAACCGCAAAAUUUGACAAAAAGUAGUAGACGUCGAGUAAUUUGUGCCCCUGAAUAUUACUGUCGAUCAUUUAACAUUUCUGUCGAACAACAGUUGUCACAUAAAUGUUUAUCUUACCUCAAGAUGCGAUCACAUUCUUCAACCGUUAAAACUGAAGCGUCGCGUUUGAAUUCCCGCUCGUGAAAAUAGUAAACCCCGCCUCCUGAUUUGAUUGGCCAUCUCAAACAUUGAUGAGCGUUGUAGACCGACAGACUGAAAUUUAAACUUUUAAAACUUUUGUCAUCCUAACGGCAAACAGAGCAGUGUGUAAGGAACUUCAGCAGAGCAGCACCAAUAAUGUCAGAAAUGAAAAGACAAUUUUGGCAAUAUCUGAUUAUUAAUCAGAUGACAGCGGUGUUUACGACCUUGAAGACACAUCAGUUUCUCGGAUGAGCCGUCGUACUCGUGUCCCAAACCAGUUAAGUGUUUCAGCUCGGUUCUGUGUCAGAUAAUGUUUUGAAUUAUUCAGGAGAUCAUUCGGUUGGCACUGCUGUAAAUGACGGACAUCUUGUGUAAUGUCAAUCAAACAUUUAUGAAUGACAAAGUAAUUUCAGUGUGAACGUGACCGCUGUAUUCGUAAUGAAACGAGUGAUAAAUUCCGUGUUAAUCUCAGGUUUUGUGAUGGUCUCGUGAUCUUAUUUGCGGUCACACUUGAUUUCAGACUGAGUUUAUCAGUGUGUCCGAGUGUUUGUGAUUGAAUGCAUUUCGAUUAUUCACUCUUUGAUCUCAGACUGGACUCUUGAGAUACAACAUCCCACAUAUUUAUGAAUGACAGAGACAAAGAUUAAUGUUUGUAUAGUGAAGAAACAUGAAAUUGACACACUGAUAAUGAAAAAGCGGUGAGUUGAUUUAAA